AUAAGCCUGAAUGUCACCCUCUUUGCUGCCCUUGACUCUGGAACUAAAAGCAAUGGGCUUCCCUUGUGAUUCUCUUUUUUUGAAAGUUGAAGCUCUUCCUUGUUACAGAGCAAAGAUACAGUCCUAGACUUAAAUAUGAGCUGUCCUCCUAAAAAGGGGUAAAGGGCCCUUGACACCCUGUUUGGAAUUUGAGUCAGAACCUUGACUUCCAGCUUGACUUUCCUUGGUAGCCCUGGCCAAGGCUUAGCUCUAAUCGCAGCUUUUGAGGUGAAUGGGAAAGGAACAGUGUGUUGUUAAUUUUCUGUUUUGUAUUUUUGGACUUUGUUGCUAAUGACCAGACCACUUAUUUUCAAUGUCAAAGGGUAGUCUAAACAUUUUUUAAAUUUGUCUCAAUAUCUGUGGCCAAACUUAAACAUGGUUCCUUCUACUGGGGAAGGGAGCAAGUUACAUCAAGUACACAUUCUCUCCCCCACAGCAAAGAAAGCUGGGGCAACCUGUCCUGUGCUGAUGUACCGCAGAGAACAGCUCCUUUCUAAACCACAGCCAUGUUUGGCUAGAAUACGGUCUGAGCUCGCCCGUUCCUGGGUGACUGCAGCUCCUUCGGGUGCAGAAUCACUUUAUAGGAAUAGCUUCAGCUUCAGUGAUGAAAAACUGAAUUCUCCGACAGACUCCACUCCAGCUCUGCUCUCUCCCACGAUCGCUCCUCGGAAAGCCAAACUAGGAGACACAAAAGAGCUAGAAGACUUUAUUGCUGAUCUUGACAGAACAUUAGCAAGUAUGUGAAACAAGGAGAAGCUCUGGGUCCUUUCAACAUAAGGGAAAAGCUUCAGAAAACUCUAAGCACCCAGUAAAAUCGGCUGUAGAAUUUGCUGCUGGAGGGGACAGAGAUGAGAGCUCACCUACCACCAGGCUAUUCUCAGGCUCAUCCUAAAACCAGCCUUUGGGCUUAGCUCUGGGCAGUUUAGACAGUGAAACUGACUUUUUUACCUGCUUGCAGCAUAUUAGAACAACCCAUGCCAAUAUUAUACUUUCUCUUAAAACAUAGCUUUCCUGUAAUUUAAAGUGCUUUAAUGAAAUAUUUGUAAUUAAUUAUGUAAAGUUGGAAACAGUAAUAUGCUUUUCCCAGUAUAAUAUAUUUUUGUAUGCAAAUAAAAUUUGAACUGGAGUCU